GAUGGCGGCGGAGAACCACUGCGAGUUCGCGGUGCCCGUGGCCGGCGGCCUCGGCGCGGGCGGGCCCUGCCGCCGCUGCAGCUCCGCGCCGCCGCCCGGCGCGGGGCCCGGCAAGUGGGUGCGGCUGAACGUGGGGGGCACCUGCUUCCUGACCACUCGGCAGACGCUCUGCAGGGACCCCAAGUCCUUCCUCUUCCGCCUCUGCCAGGCCGAUCCCGACCUGGACUCGGACAAGGAUGAAACAGGUGCCUAUUUAAUAGACAGAGACCCAACAUACUUCGGGCCAGUGCUGAACUAUCUGAGACAUGGGAAACUGGUUAUUAACAAGGACCUAGCUGAGGAAGGUGUACUGGAAGAGGCUGAAUUCUACAAUAUCACAUCACUAAUAAAACUGGUAAAGGACAAAAUAAGGGAAAGAGACAGCAAAAUCUCACAGGUGCCAGUCAAACACGUAUACAGAGUGCUGCAGUGCCAGGAAGAGGAACUCACUCAAAUGGUUUCCACAAUGUCCGAUGGCUGGAAAUUUGAGCAGCUUGUCAGUAUAGGUUCCCAGUACAGCUGUGGCCGGGCUCAGCAGUCAGAGUAUCUGCUGAUAGUGUCACGGGAAGUGAAAGGGGAAGAGAGAUGCUUCCAGAAAUGCUGCAGUGAGCUGGUCAGUAUUGGUUCUUCCUAUAACUACGGCAAUGAAGAUCAGGCUGAAUUUCUGUGUGUUGUCUCAAAGGAAUUGCAUAACACUCCAUAUGGCACAACCAGUGAACCCAGUGAAAAAGCAAAGAUUUUGCAAGAACGAGGUUCCAGGAUGUGAAGACAGUAUUGAAUGGUGACAAUUUUUUCACUUUUAUUCGAAGAUGCAGUGAAUUGUCACACUGAAGAGGCUUGGCUGCAAAAGGAAAAAUCUGAUUUAGACAAUUUUCUGUUGGUCUGGGUUCAACCAUUUUUGUCUAUAAACUGGGUGUCAACUGGCUGGAAGCAUUGCAAGAUUACAUAAUGGGAAUAGAUGGUGUGGGAGUGUGUGUUAAGUUUUGGUUGUAGUGCAUGGUCGUACUCUCUUGUGGGCUGAUUGACACUGGUCAUUUGAAAAGAAAUGACCAUGCACUCGUAUUUUCCUUGAAGACAUGUAGCACUUAAUGUCUGGUGCUCGAUGACCCAAUGUUGAUCAGUCUGGAGACAUUUUCCUACUAAUUGUUGUAAACCUUAAAAGGACAAUGCAAUUGGUGCUACACACACUCACACACACACACACACACACACACACAAGCGUUACAGCCCACAAAUGCAAGUAUUUGGGCCUACAUUGUUUCCGAAUCAGUGGCAGCCCCAGUUGACUGUGUUAUACUGCACAUUCCUUUUGGCUCUGUGACAUACUCUAUUAUGUAAUAACAGCCUAGGAGAUCAACUGAAACUAGCACGUGAAAAAAUUACACAACAGAAAAAAGGUUUCUCUGGAGGAAGGGUGUAUAUAUUGACUGGAUUUAUAGCAUAUUUUAUCACCCAAAGGGAAGACUAAACUCAGAGGAAAUGGCCUUCAUCUGAGUUAUUCUUGAUGUUCCUUCUGUUAAAAGUCUCCUGCAAAAGUUAUGCUCCAGUCUUAGCCAGAUGCUUGGAAGGGGAAUCAAAAUUCACUUAAAAUGACCAACUGAACAUUCUAUUUCUUUUGAGAUAUUUAUACUCAUAUGUGUGUUUGUGCUUUUAUAAAAUGCCUAUAAGCAUUGAACUAUGUGGUAGAGAUUUUUCUAGAGCUGGAGGUUUUACAGAAGUAUGGCAGGGUAGUCCUAGGUCCUUCUCACUAUGACUGGGGUUAAAAUCAACCUUAGUGUGAACACAAGCUCAUCCAAUUGAAAAACAUGAUUACUUUGGACAUUCAGGAUACCUGUAAUCAACCUUUCUCUUUCUAUACAGUUUCAACUAUGCAGUUAAAGAAGAGUGUUUAAAAAAAUCUGGUGCAGCUUUAUUAGUUUGUCCUUGAUGAAGGCUAAUACACUAGACUGGAGCUUUUCAAUACACUAUGUUUUCAGCAAAAUCUUUAGCGCAUCUUUAAAACACUUAAUGAAGUGGACAGUAUAAAACUCGGCUUCAUUAACUUAUGGAAGCAGUGGAAGGGAGUUUUAAAAAGCUACAAGAUUGUUUUGAAUUCUAAAGACAUUACAGUUUUCAUUCUCAGUAAUUUCAGAAUUUAUGCAUAUACUGUAGGUAAUCCUUUACUCAAAAGCCUGAUUUUCAAACACCCAGGGUCUGCUCUUUUUUUUUUAUUGCUUUUUUUUUAAAGGACUUACACAUUGAUAAAAGUUUGGCAGAGAACAAUUUGUAAAAAACAUUUCUACUAAGCAGGCUAAGCAGUGGGCUAAAUGUUUUGUCUAUGCCUAAUGCUUGAAAGGGUUUGUACUGUUUUGCGACUUGGAUGUGGUCUGCACAGGAAGCUGCUGGCCCCUCCACAACACAUACAAUUUUUGUCUUUUUUUAAGAAGUUAAAACGGACUUUAAUUUACUAAAAAUGUAAUUGUGUAGGGGGAAAUGUUUAUACUUUUAUACUUUUUUAGGCACCCAUAUUUUAUCAGCUUAAAUUGAACACACAAAUUUCCCCUAAAUAGUAACUGAUUAUCUUGUGUAUCUGAAAAUAAGCAUAACAGUUGUCUGUGUUAACUGCACAUUAAAACAUUUCCUCUGCUGCAGUAGUCACUGUGUUUUUAAGCAGUAUGACUCCACCAAAUUCUCUGAGCUCCCCAGCUCAUGGAAUUGCAGCCAACCAUGUUAUUUGUUGUUUUCCUGACGUGCUCUACAGAGAAAUUCAGCAUUGGUUUUAAUGCCUAAAAUGCCUGUUUUACAAUGAUCAUUCUGAAUCAGCAUUUCUGGUUUUUUCUUUUAUUUAACCCCAAAAAGACAGACUAUUGUUUAUUAAAGCGAAAUUUUCCUAAAUGACAUCAACAAAGCAUGAGUAACAAACUGAGCAAACUGAACAAAUUUAGAAUGUGUAAAAGAGUGGGGGUUUUUAAGUACUUUUUUUUUUCAGUGGAGUAUUUUCAGUUUUAAAACAUGCUUUUAUUAUGAGAUUACCUGCAGUCUAGUUUACAUUGUAUUCCUGUCAUAGCAGAUUUUGGGGAAAUGAGUGUUUAAUCAUUUUGCACUUUGUUUCCAAUACCUCACAAAGAUUUUAAGAAGGAAAGAAAAAAAGAGAAGUUUAGUAGGCAGGUACCUUGUAAAAGAUUUUAAAUAUGCCUUUGUUUGAGACCACUUGAACUAACUACUUUUCCAUUCUUGCUACUGUCAUUAUUGUUUUAAUUUUUGUGAACAUGUGAGGCUUUCAGAUAGUUGGAAAUGCUAUUGUCAGCCUUUUUCAAGGCAUUAAGAAUUGAUCCCUAAAUAAGUUUGGUUUCUUUUUAUUUUACUCUUGCAGUUUCAAUAAAGUUAGCUACAGUAACAAAGUCAUUGCCUUAGAGUCCAAUCCACAUCACCAGGGUUUGCAAGCACUGCUUCCUCUUUUAAGAUCUUACAGGAUGAAGUAAUGUACCAAUACAGUUUAAACGGGAGUCCUUUGUUUCUUUUCUGCCAUUUGGAGAGUACCUACCUGAGAACUGCCUGGGAUUCUGGAGACCUGAGGGUUCACUGACAGGCUGGAGCUGCAAAGCUGUACUGCAAACCCCUGUGACCGAACUCUGAAUUUACACAGCUCCUCUAUUCUUACAUCAGAACAGUAUUCCAGGUUGGAACUUAAGCAUGAAGAGAUCAUAGCGGAAGGAGAUAAAGCAGGAAGGGAGAGAUACUAAAUUCCUUAAAGGCUUUUACAUGACAAACUUCUUGCAAAACUUGUUUAAAAGCUGAGAAGUUGAAAUUUGCCAUAGCAAUUUCUUGCUUUGAGUUAGAAAACAGAGAGGGUAUUGUUGGCCUUAAGUUUCCUCAGAGGCCAUUUUCCUUUUAUCGGAAAUGACAUUUUUAUAUUAUAUGCUUUUGACUUCUUCAAGUGCCAAGCGAAUCAGAGUUUAUCUGCAAUGAAGAAGUAAUUCUGAGGCCUCUAAGAUGUGAAUGUCAUAUGGUCCAUAAUAAUUGUCCAAAAGUAUAGUCUGAGUCAGCAGUUCCCACAGUAAACAGACAGAAGGUUACCUGGAAUUUUAUCCCAUCUCUCUAUAGGAUUUCCAUGGAUUAUGGCUAAUUGCAAGGGGUUUAUUCCACAGUAAUUUAAUUGUGUGUCAAAGGCCUGAUUGAAUUCAGAAGCUUAUAUUGACUCUUUACUAAAGUGUCAGUUCUCAGAACAAAAUGUACUGUGUUUUUUUCAAACUCAGAUAGGUUUCUUUUAAUGAUAAAAGUUCCUUUCAUCUUGCAUUGUAGGGUUAGGAAAAGAUAUUUCUUAAAAAAAUGAAGCUUAGUGUAUCCAUCUUGACUUUUUUGUUUUCAGAUUUUCUUUAGACAAUACUUACGUAGCUCCAUUUCCAGCAAUGUGAAUGCACAGUUAUGAUCAAUUAGAACUAUUUCCUGCAGAUAACAAAAAUUGAAUCAAUCUCCUUUUCUCUGAAAGAGGUGGUUUGUUGUUUUGUUGUGUUGGUUUUUUUUUUUCCCCAGGAGAAAUAUGAAAGCUUCUGGUAGAUUAAACAAAAGAAAACUGGGUUGCAGGCAUGCUUGUGGAACUAGUCUGUUGAGUAGGAUGAUGGUGUUAUCAGAAAUGUGCUUCUCAGAAUGCUAUUCUGUGAAUAUCUCUUGAGAUUGUUGAGAGUUGUCAGUCUUUUUUUGAGCUGUAGAGAGCUACCACCAGCAAAUUAGCAUACAUUUAUUAAAAAUUACUGGUUUUAUUAUUGUUACAAAAAUGACCUUGGAGUGCAAAAAUGUAAUAGUAUCUGAUUCAAUGAAAUAACAUAGAAACCAGAUAACAAUCAUGCAGGUAUACUGGAAUACAUUUCUUGAGAAGUACUGGGAGAAGAGUGAAGUCCUGGGCUUUUCAUGAAGAUCAAAGUCAAGUGAAAGAGAGUCUGGAGAUGAACCCUGGAAUUCUGUUCACUUGAGAUGUUAUAAAAUCAGAAAGCGUCACUCUCUUAUUUUAUUCUCUUUCUCACCACAUCAAAAGUUUCCAAGUUUUUCAAAUUAACUUCUUCAAUCAGCCCUGAACUAUGGGGCUCUUGAAAAGAGAUAUUUUGUUUAGCUCAAGACAGUAGGAUUAAAACCUGAGUGGUCAUUGGGAAGUGUCUUUUCUAACACAACAAAUUUGAAAUACUUACAGUCUGAGGAUGCUGCCUGUUACUUCAUUAUAGUUUAGACUGCAGUUAUCUCCAGCUUUAAGGACAAUCUUGGGAUCUUACCUGGGUUUGUGUGUAGAAUUAUUGAUUCUUAAAAUAGUAUAAAUAUUCAGUUUAAAAAAAAAAGUGGAAGGCUCUCUGAACUGUGUCAUAUAACUUUUCUUUUAGCUCACAAAAAUCACAAGUUGUCUUUAAAGGUUUUUUACUGAACUGAGGCUUUAAAGGGCUAAAUAGAUAUUACUGUUCAGUUUGCCUAAAUGACUGUCAGAAGGAACCCUUUCCAUUUUCAGUGCAGAAAUGCCAAGGGCUAAAACGCUUUCCAGGGCUAAUUUGAGGUUCCAGAGACAUACAACAUUCAAAAAGUAACUAGUCUGUUUUCUGUUCAACUCCUGGACUCUAAAAUAAUUUUUAGAAAUGGCUGAACCAAUUGCAGAUAUAAGUGUUCCUAUAUGGCUUGGAAUUUCAGUAUCCAGAUUGGAUAUAGGAGCACACUAGAGAAGAUAGUAGACUUGCCCACGAUUUUACUAUUGCCCGUGCUGAAAUCUAGCAACUUCUAUGAACCACACUGCCAAUGGAGAGGCUUUGAGGAAGAUUCUGCCCCAGGAAAUUGUCACAGAAUAUUUUUUCACAACUUAAUUGUCCUUUACUUUAGCAGGGUCUACCAAGGCAUAAACUUCUCAGAAGUUCAGUGAAUAGACACUGCUGCAAAUACAGGUUUCUGAACCCAUCAAAGGGUUCUCCUUAGGAUGUUGUGUGUUAAUAACUACUAUAAUGACAGGAACUUUUUAGAAAGUUAUUUUGCUACUUUGGGAGUGGGUGGAAGGGGGAGGAGGUUCUGUGACAGUGCUCUCCUUGCCUGAGCCUAAAUUUUGACCUGACUUAAGUUGCGGUAUUGAGGCCUAGCCAUCUGGAAUGUAAGGGUUAAUGUAUUUAUGUACGUGAUUCUUGCUACUUUUGAAGAUUUUCCAAAAGCUUAUGCACAACUUUACUCACAUUAAUUUGGCUCUUGUACUUGCUAGAAUGAAGCAAGUGCUAAGGCACUGUAAGAGAAAUGUUGCCAAUCUCUCUACCUAGAACUGAAACAAGAUCACCAAACUGAAGAAGUAUCAAAUGGCAAAUUUUUCCACCUGCUUCUAACCUUAGUCUCAUCUGAACCCAGCUGUGAAAAAUCUAUUUCCUAUGCACUCUAUAGGCCCACCUACCCAGUUCAACAGAUGUUCUUUAUUUUUCUUUUUCCUCCAAAUCACUGGUCUCAAAAUUAGUUGUGCAUCAGCUGUUUGUGCUUAUAUCCAAGUGGCCAUACUUGCAACAUGUUCUUUCCUGGAUAGUGGAUUAGCAAUAACACUUUAUUUUGUGCCAAUUCAUUAUCUCUGAAGUGUUCUUACUGCAGCAAAAUUUGAGUUUUGAUUUGGUUUUAAUGCAUUUGCAUUAGCCAAAACUCUUAGCACAGACAUAGACAAGAAAGUGAAUCCAGGGAAUUUCCCUGGAAAGAAAUCUGCUAGGGCUUCCCAUAUAAUUUGAAGGUGGUUACAGUUAACCAUCACUUUUAAAUCAAGCAUACAAUUAAAAAGUGUGUGGGUAUUUUUUUAAACUCCUUUUCAUAACACUGGUGUAUUGUAAACUGCAUGAAAUAAACCUGGUUUUUCCCUUUUAAA